CUGUCUGACGUGAGUGCGGAAGUUACAAACCAACGUGAGGUGCUUUGAAUGUCAGUAUCACGCUCGUGGGCUCUUCCCAGAACUAAUGAGCGUAAAUCUAAGCGUUAAUGCGCCCACGUGAUUCUGCCGGAUGAUGGGGAUUUGCCUUAAAGAGACAGGUGUCAUCAUAGUGUAGCCACAGAAUCAGGGCGAAAAUAUUAUGAACACACUAUAGUAAUUAUCUUUUUGUUAAAUACCAGCCUUUAAUAUGCAGCUUUAUGAUAAAUUGAAAAGUCAGACACGAUGUGUUUGAAACGCAAUUCAAUUCAAAAAUAUGAAAAAUAUGAAAUAAAAACAGACAAAACAGGGAAAUGUUUAUUACUUUUCUCAAACGGCGCUGUCUUAUCGGCUGUUGGUGGUGUUUAAAUAACCGUCCCUGCUUCGUUUGGAACCAGCCAAUCAGGCCACGCAGAGACACGCGUCUCUGCCUCCACGCUGCAAUCUCCGGUGCCGUGCGGCUUAUCUGCGGACGCCCGAGCCUCUUGACUUAUAUGGAGCGAGCGUCGCUGCGCCGCCUGACGCGCUCCUAAAAUACUCUGAGAGGCGGCACAGCUGAGCGCGGCGCCGCUCGCCGCUCCGCCGUUUCCAGCGCAGCGCGUGGGGAUCGUCCGCCGUCCGCAAUGACCAAAUUCAGCUAUUCUGACUACCUGUCUCAGUUCCGUAACGUUGGGGCCAAACGGGACAAUGUCCAGCCGGCUUUGGUGGGAGAUGGGAGGAGGGGAGACGCUCCGAGAGACGCAGCGUCAGAGCCGGAGGAUUUGGACCCAGUGGUCUGUGCCGUCACCAGAGGGGACGUGGACGCCGUCAUCGGUCUGAGCACGUCUGCCCCCCACACUCUGCUGCAGGAGAACAAAGAUGGAUGGACCCCGCUGCAUUACGCUGCCUACUGCGGACAGGCCGAGUGCCUAAAGGUCCUACUGAGGGCCCAUCCAGCUUCAGCCGACAAGCGCACGCUGCAGGAGCAGACGGCCCUGCUGCUCGCUGUGUCCGCGCAGCACCUCCCAUGUGUGCAGUGUCUCCUGGAGGCCGGCGCCGACCCCGACAUCAGCAGCAAGAACAAGGAAACCCCUUUGUACAAAGCGUGCGAGCUGCAGAACCUGCCCGCGCUGGGCCUCCUCCUCGCCCACGGCGCCACCGUCAACCAGCGCUGCGCUCGGGGCUGGACGGCGCUGCACGAGGCCGUGUCGCGGGGCAACACGGCCGCCUGCGACAUGCUGAUCGGAGCCGGCGCCACGCUGAACCCGGCCAACACCUACUGCGUGGCGCCGCUCAGCGUGGCCGCGCGGCGGGGGCGCGCGCCGGCGCUGCGCUACCUGCUGGACAGAGGCGCGGACGUGAACGUGCAGACGUGUGAGGGCGUCACCGCGCUGCAUGAGGCCUGUAGGAACGGACACGCGGACGCCGCGGCAGUGCUGCUGAGCAGGAACGCCGACGCCAACAAAGCCACGGCCGCGGGGCUGCUGCCGCUGCACUUUGCGGCCCAGUACGGACACGACGACAUCGUGUCCCUGCUGGUGCCUGUGACGAGCCGGGCCCGGCUGCGCCACAGCGGCAUCAGCCCCCUCCACCUGGCGGCCGAGCACGACAGACGCGCGGCGGCGGCCGCGCUGCUGCGCUCGGGCGCCGACGUGGACGCGGCGCUGGCCCGCGGCUACGCCGAGCGCUACGCCGACCGCCGCGCCACGGCGCUCUACGUGGCCGUCGCCGGGGGCAACGCGGAGACGGCGGCGGUGCUGCUGAACGCCGGCGCCAGCCUGAGCCUGGACCCCGUCAGCCCGCUGCUGAUGGCCGUGCGGCAGGGCUGCGGCGCCACCGUGGCUCUGAUGCUGGAGAAGGGCGCCGACGCCAACGCCAGGCUCCCGUCGCGGCCCACCACCUUCCCGGCGGCCGUCGCUCUGUGCAUGAACGACCUGCGGCUCCUCAAAUGCCUCCUGGACAAUGGCUGCGACGCCUCGUCCUGCUUCGGCUGCGCCUACGGCAGUGGCCCCCACCCGCCGUCAGGGGGGUCCCAGAUAAGAACCGCCAGCAGCAACAGACAUGUGUCAGAGAAUGACAGUUUGCUUCCUUUCAACUGCACUGAGUCAACAGACAGAGCGACGCAGUUUUGUGAGUGGAUCUCAGCACCGGCCAUGCGUCCCUGGGCCGGACCCGUCAUAGACCUGCUCCUGGAGCACGUUGCUCACGUUCGCCUUUGCAGCAGGCUCACGGAGCUGCUGGACAGUCACCCAGACUGGACCGCGGUCAAGAGGAAGUCGCUGUCACCUCGUUCACUGCUGCACCUCUGCAGAUUGAGGAUCCGCGGGGACGUGGGGAGACACAGGCUGAAAUCUCUUCCCACUUUACCUCUGCCAGACAGACUGAUCAGAUACCUGAGCCUGACUGACUGACUCUGGAUGAACCUGAAGUAAUAUAUGAGAGAGUUGUGACUAAAUUUAUCAUUUCGUGGUUCUUUUUUUAGUUGUGCCUGAUAUUUUGAGUCAAGGCAAUUCUUUAUGUGUAAAAUAUCUAUUUAUAACAUGUGCAAUGUGACAGUGCUGUUUUUUUAUCUUGCCUUUAGUUUUUUUCUUCUCAGGAACCUUGAGUGAAACAAAAAACGAUCCAAUGCCCAAAGGAUUCCUCAAGGGAAGCUGAAUCCUUUAUUUAAAAAUAAAACCCAUUGCUUCAAA